UUCGGACGCACGGCUUCUUGCGACGCUCCCGUUUCUUGGAAGCGCUUCUGAUCUCGUCAGUCACGCCGGCCGUGCUUCUCAUGGCUCCCUUGACGCGAGCUACGGGCCCGUCCGGUCCCGCCGGUUUUGCCCCCGUCAACUCCUCUCAGCCAUUUUCCUCGAAUGGCCAUGAGGUCAUCGACCUCGAUGACGAUGACGACGACGAAGGCGAUGAUCAAGUUAUGGACGAGAGUGAAGAUUUAGACACCAAUGAGGACGAGGACGAGGAUGACGACGUCGAAGAGGAAGAAGAAGAUGAAGACGAGGAAAUGGAUGAGACGGAGGACGGAGAGGACGAGUCCCAGGACGACUACGGCGAGGAGACAAACGGCCUGAAUGGUAGUGAGUCGCCUUUGGAUCUGGCUCCCGCCCCCAACGGUCUCAAAAUCGCGAACAUCACCGCUCCCGAACUGUUUACAUCCGCAGGUGCGCAAGAAGCGCUGCACCCCCUUCGCCGCACCGCCGACCGAGUAACGCGCCAGAUCGAGGCUUUCGCGGAGAAGUUGGAUCGCUUCAAGCAACAGGGCAGUCGCUCCGAUGAAUUUGGGAAUUACCAGGCUGCCUACCAGCUGGUGAAGAACUACCAAACUAUCGCGCAGGACGCCAUCAACGACAUCUCCAAGCAGAGCACCUUGCGACGAGCCAAAAUGGGCUGGAACUCGAGCCGAACCAACGGAUCCUCGCAUGACCCCAAGAUCGAGGAGGAAUUGCAACGUCUGCAGUUGGAAGCAAACACUUGGCAGCUUUUACUCAAUCUCAUUAGCGUCAACGAUCCUCCCAGCAUAGCCAGCGCCAAGAAAACCCAGGAGACCGCCUUCCAAAAACUCCACCGCUACUCGUCCGAUCGCGAAAUCUGGGAGCAGUUCUUGGAUGCGGACCACUACGCGCUCGAAUGUAUGGUCAUCAUGAAAUGGCUGGAGGCCACCGCAAGGUCUUCCAGUCAGGACAUCGACUCCGUCAUGUCUGAGCUGGAGAAGCAGGCCGAAAGAGGAGAGGGGUUGUGGACACAUGGUUGGCUCUAUACGAAGGAGGCCAUCAAGGGCCAGAAGCGGCUCAGGGCCUGGCCACAACCCAUUGAACCCAAUGACCCCGGAAUCACGACGUCUCUCCUGAACUCGGAGAAAUCAGAGCCCCUGAUCACGCAGUUGGACCCCGAUGCCAUCACUCGCCAGAGACACAGCCUCCAGAAGCAGGACCAAUUCCACGAGCGUGCCACGUGGAUGGCGUGCUGGAAGAUGCUGCGACAAGGGGAGGAUUGGACUCGGAUCCGUGAGUGGGCACAUGAACGUCUGGAGAAUUGGCGCGCAGUUAGCUUGUGCGGAUCCAGCGUUGAUAAAAAGGCGCAUGAUGUACGAACGCCGGUCGAUGAUGGUGCUACGCGCAUGAUGAACCACCGGUCCCAGAACACCUGGCGCGCCGCCUGCUCUGCGCUUGCACGGAACCAGCACGCUGAGGAUUUCGAGCGCGCCGUUUAUGGACUCCUUAGCGGCGAGACGGAGGCCGCCUUCAAGGUCAGCCAAAACUGGGACGACUACAUCUACGUCUACCUCAAUAAGGUCGUGCUCUCUCGCUACCAAGGGUUCUGUAAGCAAUUCCAGCGAAAGCUGACCUACUCGCCCACAACUCCCGUGGCAUUUGUGCCCGAACCGGCCGGCUACGCGGACGUGAACAAGUUCGUCCUGUACACCAAGGGCAACGAGCGCGUUGGGGUCGAGGCGCGCAAUCCCUAUCGCACCAUCCAGGCUGCGAUCAUCGGCAAAGGAUAUGACGGUUUCUUCCAUUCCCUGGCCAAGGCGGUUUCGCAGGCGGCGGCGAGCAAACCGGAGUCGACAACCUUCGUCCCCGAUCUGUCGCCAACUCACGUCGAAGACUCCCUUCUCAUCACGGCCGAGGAUGGCGACGCCCUGCGGAUCGCCACGCAUCUCUACGUUAUCGCCAACUCCCUGGGAGACGUCCGGACGGAUUCUCAGUUUUCCGACGUCGCGUCCGUGAACGUGAUCGGGUACAUCGCCAAUCUCGAGGAGGAAGGCCUCUUCGAUUUGAUCCCCUCCUAUGCAUCUCUGUUACCGAGAAACAUGGCACACUCCGUUCUGGGGCAAGUCUUGAUUGAAAUCGUUGACCCGCGGGAAAGGAAGCUACUCGUCAGGCUCAUGGAAAAGCAUGCCAUUGACGUCGAGGCUGUGCUUCAGGACCAAUGGAACUGGAUCAGCGACAGUGUCUCUUCGGUGGAGCAUCAAAGAUCUCGCAAGACGUAUCCCAAGGUGGUUAUUCGAAAGGAUGGAAUCCGCGAGCUCGCCCCUGUCAAGAAAGAUCUCAUCGGCACCGAUCUCUCCGGCGCCGACGAGCGAAUCAUCCGCAGCCUCGAGUGGCUCCGUUAUGUCGAUGGACAAUGGGGGAGGAUCUGCCAUCUUGGUGCUCAGCUCUAUAAGCAAUUCUACCUUAGUGGCAAAUUUUCGGCUGCUCGAGAAUUGAGUCACCGCAUGAGAUUGUCUGAUGUCUCGCGCGAACUCUUCGGAUUCGAUAUCACCGAAUUCCCUGUCAGCGUUGUGGAUGGGUUGGAGUCGUCUAUUGCCGAGCCCACCAGUCCGACGAAGUCUAGAUUAUUUGGGUCUCACCGACGCAGCCGGUCUGCCACGAAUGGGGUUCCGUCGAGUGGCGAGACCAAUGUUCUUAUUCAACAGUCACGACUCAUGCGAGAAUUGGAAGAAUUGGUGCUGGGCUUUGAAGCCUUGGAGAGCUUUGCUAUUACAUAUGAGAAGGUCGAUAAGACUAAGCACCGACGCGACUCUGGUACCGUCCAUGAACUGCGGACGGCGCUUCAAGAAGACUUAGAUGAAAUCGCCUUGCACGUUGAUGCAGUGUUGGAUGAAUGGCUGACCAUUGCUGCGGACGAGAACGAACAUGCUCAGCUAGAGGAGAUCCGGAACACCUACAUCCCGGAGUUGUUCCUCGAUUACCAUGCUGCCCUCUACUACUCGGCACGUAUCCUGACCAGCGACAACCUGGUGCAGUGCAUGAACCUGGGGAUCCAGCUGGCCGAAAACGAGUUCUUAACCCGCUGCUUCAUCACGUCCCGUCGGAUGAGGGAGCUGGUCGAGGCUCUGGCUCUAUCCAGCAAAGCCAUGGUCAACACAGGCGCGGACCCCGGCAAGAGACUCUUGGGCGGUGAAUCGCUGGGAAUUUGGAACGUCGCCUUGCCCGAAGACGCCGGGGCAGCCUGAAUGUACUGUACGAUGCGUUGGAAACCGGGGCCUUGUAUACUAUCCCCAUGCCAUUCUGCUUUUUGUUUAUGUUUCUUUCCCCCCAUCUUUUGUCUGAAUAUGAAUUGGCAGGAAGGGGGUGACCGGUAAAAAAAGCCCCAACUGAUUGCAUUGGUCUGGAUUUAUGAGGAGUAUUUCUUCAGGGCGCUUUGAUGGAGACGGUUGUUAUUUAUUCUAUUUUUUUAAAGCUCAACUGCAUACAAGAAGAAGAAGUGACACUUCAGCUGUCACCUGACUCAAU